AUUUAAUCUCCUGGAACAAAGAUUUUCAUUCAAAAUAAAAACACCACAUCGCAAGUUAUCAGAUGCUGGUCUAAACAAAAAGAAAAAUUUCAAAUCAAAUUCAUGACAAUAUGUUGACCGUAAAUUGCAGGAGGAGGGAGCACCCAAAUGGCAGCAGACAAUUGAAAUGAAUGAGAAUGAAAAGCCGGCUCUCCCUCCGCGCCUCAUUGCACUCAAAUUUUUUUCUCGUAAGGUAUAUCACUUCCACCACUGUGACAUGGAAAACUUACCCCAGAAUCCCCAAACCGAAAAUAAUCAGCUUUUCAGGAGAAAUAGAAGAAGAAGAAGCAAAGCCAAGGGUGGAGCUGCACAAGAGCCGUGGGCAACACAUCCUUACCAAUAUCAGCGUUGUGAAAUUCAUAGUACGUAAAGCAGGUGUGAAGAAGACAGACAUCGUUUUGGAAAUUGGGUCAGGCACUGGAAACCUAACCCUUGAGCUUCUUCAGGCGGCCCGAAAAGUAAUCGCUCUGGAGAUUGAUCCUCGGAUGAUCGAAACCCUGAACAAGCGCAUUCAUGGCACCGAGAUGGCCCAAAGAUUACAGAUUGUGCAAGGGGACAUACUGAAAACAGAGCUGCCUCCCUUUGAUAUAUGCGUGGCAAACAUUCCUUACCAGAUCUCUUCACCUCUCAUUUUCAAGCUUCUGUCGGUAGCACCCAACUUUAGAAAUGCUACCCUGAUGCUCCAGAAGGAGUUCGCCAGCCGCCUCCUUGCAAAGCCAGGGGAUGCUCAAUUCAACCGCCUGGCAGUAAAUGUCAGUCUUCUGGCUAGGUCAGAGCUACUGAUGCAUGUGAGCAAGAAGCACUUUACACCCUGCCCUAAGGUGGACUCGUCGGUUGUGAGAAUUGAACCCAAAACUUGCCCUCCCCCAUUGAAUUUGGGUGAGUGGGAUGGACUUACACGGUUGUGCUUUGUGAGAAAGAAUAAGACCUUGGGUGCCAUCUUCAGGCAAAAAAGCACUGUUUUGCACCUAAUGAAAAAAGCUAGCCUGUGGGCUGACAAACAUAAAACGCCAAAUGACCAGGACAGCCAGGAAAGCCCUGGAAACCAUAGAAAUACUACUUCAGCUAUAUCUUUGCUUGGGGAGCUGUGUGAUGACAUAAGUGAGGCAGAAGAUAUAGAUGUGGAGAAUGAUAUUGAAGGACAGAAGCUUGUUCGCUUCAAAGAGAAGAUUGUUAACAUUCUCCAAGCAAGUGGUUACGAAGAAAAGAGAUCUUGUAAGCUUUCUGAGAACGAUCUUUUGAGUCUUCUUUCUUUGUUUCAUUGUGAGGGUAUACGUUUUUCAUAGUUCACAUGACAAACCAAGAAGGCGGUUAGCUAAUAUUGGUAACAUGUUAAAGAUGAUUUCCUUCAAUACUAAAUUAUGUUCUCAUUUUUCA